AUGAGACUCUCCCUUUCCAUCGCCCUGCUAUCCAUCGCAGGAUCAGCGAUUGCUGAGGAAGCCAUUAUCGGUGGAACUCAGGCCGCAAAAGGAGAAUUCCCUUACCAAGUUUCUCUUCAAACCAGCUCCCACAAAUGCGGUGGAUCUAUCAUCGAUAAAGAUCACAUCCUAACUGCCGCUCACUGCGUGGAUGGGCUAUCCGCAGAUCGCCUGAGGAUUCGGGCGGGUUCAAACCAGCACGCCUCGGGUGGGAAGCUGGUCAAGGUGGCUAAAGUCACGCAACACUCGGAAUUCGACGCGAAAACAAUUAAAAAUGACAUCGCUGUUCUCAAGUUGGCCUCGAGCCUGGAAUUUGGGUCUACUAUCUCGGCUGUGGAACUUCCAUCCUCGGCGGACGAUACGCCGCAGGUGGGGACCAGGUGCUCUGUCACUGGCUGGGGGAGUACCUCCGCUGGAGGAGGCUCUAUUCCUGCAAACCUCUUGGUCGCGUACGUCAACAUUGUUGACCACGAGAAAUGCGUAGAGGAAUAUGUGGAUCGCCAUCAAGUUGAUGACUCCAUGAUCUGUGCCGGUGUCAAAUUUGGAGGAAAGGAUGCCUGCCAGGGAGACAGCGGUGGUCCACUUGUUGAUUCUAGCACUAAGAAGCAGGUUGGAGUUGUUUCGUGGGGCUUUGGAUGUGGAAAACACAGCCAUGAUGGUGUUUAUGCUAGCACCGCGGCUUAUCUUGAUUGGAUUCAGGAGGCCGUUCAAGCAGACUAG